GUGGACAUACUGGACAUGGCAGGGAGGAUACUGAGGUCUAUCAACACGGGGGUAAUAGAGAGUCCAGACUACAUCCACGUCACCAGGAACUACAACUUAAUAGUCAGUGCAGGAGACGUAAAAUCCCUUGUAUGUGUGACCAGUGAAGGGGACGCUGUUUUCACCUACGAUUCAACAGGAGACAGAGCUCUGACAUGUCCUCUAGGUAUCACAACAACCAGCACAGGAGAUAUCCUGCUUGUAGACUAUGACUCCCACAAGGUUAUUCAGCUGACACAAUCGGGGCAGUUUGUCAGAGAUGUCCUCACACAACAGGAUGGUCUGGAAUAUCCUCGUGGUGUCCGUCUUGAUGCUGACGGCCUGCUGUAUGUUACGUCUGACAGAUAUGUGAAAGUAUUCAAAUUCUGCCGGCGACGAGCGGGUUGUAGUUAUUCCAGGAACCAGAAAGAGUGGCGACUUCAGAGAAGAGAGCUCCACGUUGUAAUAGAGAUGGCGACCGCUAAGAAGCCGACAGAGAACCACCUCACUUGUGUCAUCUGUACAGAGGUGUUCACAGACCCAGCCACACUUCAGUGUCAUCAUACAUUCUGUAAGUCUUGUCUGCUGAAAUACACCAACACACAGCCGGAAGCAGUACAAGCCAAGUCCAUCCGAUGUCCCUCCUGUAGACAACAGACGAAUGUGACCAACCCUGACAAUCCAGUACGGGAGUGGGUCAGUCAGCUGAAACCAAGCCACGUCAUACAGGGGCUGAUGGACGACUUUGGACCCGGCAUAAAGGCUGUGGAGGAAAACUUGUGCGGUGUUUGUACAAAACAAGGAAAGACAACUCCCGCCACUUCUUGGUGCUCUGUCUGCGAUGUUGUGUACUGUGAAGGAUGUCUCCAGUUGCACAACAUGAUGCCAGUGUUGUGUGACCAUGAAGUAGCUCACUUGUCUGAUCACACCAAGACAAAGGUCAAGCGUCGCUUCAUGUGUGAAGUCCACAGAGACAAACCGAUAGAGUUGUUCUGUAAAGACUGCAAGCGGGCAAUAUGCACGAUAUGCUGCAGUAUAAAACACAGGACGUGUAAGGAUGUUGAUACAAUAGAGAGCACCACCCCUCUUGUGAAGGAACAACUGACAAACAAAAUAGAGGAACUCAGAAUCAACAUGGCGGCUACGAAUAAUAACAUAACCAGGGGGAAAUCUACAAUUCAAGAUGUGAAGAGUAAUUCACAGGACGUUAAAGAUCAAGUUAUAAAGACACGGGAAACAGUGAUGCGUGUUAUUUUAAGAAAAGAGAAGCAACUCCUUGGAGACAUAGACAAAGCUACUGAUGAACAAUUACAUGAGUUACAAGCAGAUAUACAAUCCCAGGAGAUCGAGCUACAGAUGUACCAGCAGCAGUAUGAGUUCACAGCCAAUGCUGUGACGUCCAACUGUGAGAUGGACAUGUAUGCCGUCUAUGAGUCGAUGGGUGAGACGUCUACAGACAACAGAGACACGGACAACAGACCAGCAGCAGGAAGGGUUGUAUUCACACACGACCUGGACAAGCUGAGUGAAGCAGUUGGUGAGCUACAGCUGGGGGAGGUUCAAGUCGUCCAUGGAGUGAGUGACCCAAGGUCUUCCCCUGUUCUACAUCACACCAUUGACAGCGAGGAAGAUGGGGACGGGAAGGAUCCUUGGUUGUGGGACGUCACAGUGUUGACUGUUGAUGACAUCAAAGUGGUGGUAGUUGCACAUUACAAUAACAACAGACUCCUAACAUACUACACAUCAAACUUAAAAUCCUUUGAUAAUCAGCUUCUGCUUUCUAAUAGGCCUUGGCAAAUAGCCAAGUUAAGUGAGAGUCAGAUAGUGGUCAGUGUUCCACACAGUCAGGAAAUAGUUACAGUGAAUGUUACCCCAGAUCCUGUAUUGCUGUCAACUAUCAAAACAAGAAAGAAGUACUGCGCUCUGGCCACUCUGAGUCUUUCACAGCUGGCGGCAGGCACAUUUGAACAGUCUCACUCUGUGGACAUACUGGACAUGACAGGGAGGAGACUGAGGUCUAUCAACACGGGGGUGGUAGGGACUCCAGAAUAUAUCCAUGUCACCAGAAACAACAACUUGCUAGUCAGUGAAACUGCAGUAAAUUCCCUUGUGUGUGUGACCAGUGAAGGAGGCGCUGUUUUCACCUCCACUCCCACAGGAGUCAGAGCUCUGUCAUAUCCUUGGGGUAUCACAACAGCCAGCACAGGAGAUAUUCUGCUUGUGGACAAAUACUCCCACAAGGUGAUUCAGCUGACAGAGUUGGGGCAGUUUGUCAGAGAUGUCCUCACACAACAGGAUGGUCUGGAAUAUCCUGAAGGUGUCUGUCUUGAUGCUGACGGCCUGCUGUAUGUUACGUCUGCAAGAUAUGUAAAAGUAUUCAAAUUCUGCAGGCGCUGAAUAUGGAAAUAGAGAUAACUUUGAUCUCCAUACACAGUUGAAUCUUUCAAAAGUUGACUGCUGUUUUAGUUCCAGAUCGGAUCCAGUUCUUCCCUUACACGCGUAGUUCAUCAUUUCAUUGGUUAAAGACAGGACAACCUAGCACCAGUAGAAAUCUGACCUGAUAGAAGUACUUCUCAAGUAGACC